AUGGGGACCAAAAGAAAGAGAGAAAAUUUAGUUGGAAAACCUCGAUCCAAAAGACAAAAAAAGGAUAGUUUGUUGUUAAAGGUGGAUAAUGCAUCAUUUCUAGAGAACAAAUUUGAGACUUUGCAAAACCAUUUGGACGAAGAGUCUGACUCUGAAUUAAUUUAUGACUACGAUAGAAAAAAGAGUGAAGAGUUGACUGAUGAUCUUGUUUUAAUUGACAGCGAAGAAGAAUCCAAUGACUCGAGUGAUGGUUUUGACGAUAUUAAUCUGGAAUCAGAGAAGAAGCAAGUACUAGUAGGUAAUGAUAAGACACCAGAAAAUGAAUUAGCAAAUAACGAAGAUUUCAUUGGUUUUGGGUUUCUGUCUGAAGAUGACAGUGAGGAAAUUCUGAACUCCGAUAAUGACUUGUCUAAUGGUGACUAUGCCCAUGGGGAGACACCAAACUCUCUGUAUCCGUGGGUUAAAGAUCAUGAUCAUUCUAAGCAAAAGGAAAUAGCUGAUUGGCUCACAUUAGAAAUGAAAGAUUUUGUGAAUUACAUAUCCCCUUCUAGUGAAGAAAUUGUCACCAGAAACAAUGUCAUCAGUACGUUGAAGAAAGAAAUAGGUAAGUUCUGGCCAGGUACUGAAACUCAUGUUUUUGGGUCGUGUGCAACAGAUUUAUAUUUACCUGGGUCAGAUAUUGAUAUGGUAGUUGUUUCAGAAACUGGGGAUUAUGAAAAUCGUUCCAGGUUGUAUCAACUUUCAACUUUUCUAAGAACCAAAAAGUUGGCUAAAAAUGUCGAGGUUAUUGCCAGUGCUAAAGUGCCGAUCAUCAAAUUUGUGGACCCAGUUUCAGAGCUUCACAUUGACGUGUCGUUUGAAAGAACAAAUGGACUCGAUGCAGCCAAGAGAAUAAGAAGAUGGCUAAUAUCCACACCAGGGCUACGUGAAUUGGUAUUGGUGAUCAAGCAGUUUUUGCGAUCACGUAGACUAAACAAUGUGCAUGUAGGUGGAUUGGGUGGUUAUGCUACAAUUAUCAUGUGCUAUCAUUUUUUGAGAUUGCAUCCGAAACUAUCGACUAGCUCAAUGGAUGCCUUAGAUAACUUGGGUGUGUUGUUGAUUGAGUUUUUUGAGCUCUAUGGCCGCAACUUUUCUUAUGACAACUUGAUACUCUCUUUGGAUAGGGAUACUGAAGAGCCUCGGUAUGAAAAGAAGGGUAAUCACCCUAUACUAAACACUGCAAGAAAUACCUUUUCCAUUGUGAUCCAAGAUCCUGCUGAUACCACGAACAAUAUUACAAGAUCAUCUUACAAUCUUAGAGAUUUGAAAAAAGCUUUUGGUGGAGCAUAUCAAUUACUUGUAGAAAAAUGUUACCAAUUAAAUGCUGCUUCAUAUAAACAAAGAUUGGGUCAACUGAUACUAGGGGAUAUAAUAAAAUACAACGGGAAAGAGAGAGAUUUUAACGACGAUCGUCAUAAAGUAGUCAACCAUGCAUUGAUCAGCCAUGAAGAAGAAAUUGAUGACGAAAGUGAUGGGCUCGAUGGCAAUGAUAAGUAUUACUUUUCUGACAUGACAGUGGAGAGCAAUGAGGAUGAGUAUGUUCCUGAAAAAAAACGUACCACACCUGUCACUAACAAAGCAAAAGACACUAAAAAAUUAGUGGAAUCUUUCUUAAGUCUUGAAGACAGUAGUGAUGUUGAAGAGCUCCUGGCAAAAGACGUCGCUGGCAAAUUCGAGGAUGAGCCAUAUAUCCCAAAGCUAAAAAAGCUGAAAUCAAAUCUUGAUAAAGAUAUCAAAAGAGAUUACUGGAGACAAAAAGGUUUAGAUUUGUAA